ACGUUGCAAGCCAAGACAAGGUUCGGGCGAAGCGGUGUCGUUUCCUCUCGCGAGAAGCGGUUGAAGCGGUGACGAACGAGGGCCGCGGGCUCCGUUGCGAUUGGCGGGCGGUUCUGGGGUGGCUCCCUCUUUCCCGCCCCUCCCUAGAGCGGCCGCCAUUGUCAGCUCAGGCAGCGAGCGAUCAGCUGGAGGAGGAGGAGGAGGAGGACAAGAAGGCGGCGGCAACCGAAACGGGGAGCGAGGAGAGCAAGCAGUGCUCAGAGAAUGGAAUCGAAGCCUUCCAGAAUUCCACGGAGGGUGCCCACGCAGCCAUUGAACUCUCGAAGCGCUAGGACAGGGGCUGGAAGUGGAGGAACCAGCUUUACUGACUCCUAUCGUACAAGGGAUUCUUCGCUGAGACUGGAACCUGCAUGCCAGGAAUCCAGCAGGUUGCAUAGUUUUAGUAGAGACUGGGCAACUGGAGAAAGAGAAGCCUACGAAAGCCCAUGGAAGCUUCCAACUUCUUCUCCAACUCGCUACUCAGGAACACUUGACCGUCCAUGGUCUGGAAGAUUUUUGGGAAGCAGAAACAGAUUGUCUGCAUCAUCGUCUUCACCUCUUUCGUCAUCUUGGUUUGGUGAAUCUGACAGAACUCAGGGAGCCUUUUCGUCAAGGCUGCAUAAUCAGCAGCAGGACAACGAUUCUAAGAGACCUAAACUUUCCUAUUCAUCUACCUCUGGUGUGAGAAGUAAUGGUUUAAACACAGUUUCAGAUUCCCAGUGGAGGUAUAGCAGUGUGCCCAGAUCUUCAACUAUGGUACUUGGGUCGUUAGGAACCGAACUUGUGAGAGAGAGGAGAGAGCUAGAAAGAGCAGACUCAUCUAUUGGUAGUCUUGUGGAUUACAGUCACAGGAGUGGUGACUUCCCAUCUUCAUCAUAUCUUCAGGAAAGAUCUACUGCUUCGUAUGCACAAGGAGCAAGACCAAAAGACAACUCGUUAAGCUCUUUGAGGCUGAACACGUCCAUGAACCGCCAGUUGCCUUCUGAACAUCCAUCGUCAUUACUCUCUAGAGACCAUAGCUGGAGUUCAAGAUCUAACUAUGUCCCAAGAGAAGUAGAAUCUUCAGAAAGGAAUAUACAGCCAGAGUUUACCCACGGUGCCACGAGAAGCGCAGCCAGUUCCUCUAGCGGUUCCGAAAGGAUCACGCAGUCCCAGAGGUCAUUAAGUGAACCUCCCGGCGAUACUGAAGGAAGACGGACAACUAGACAGCUACUGUCUCGUUUAGCUUCUAGUAUGUCCUCCACAUUUUUCUCGAGAAGGUCUAGUCAAGAUUCUUUGACUUCCAGACAGUUAGGUCCUGAAGAUUCACCUGUUUCAAGAGCUCUUUCUUCUAAUCAAGCCAGUGCUGCUAACCCAGCUGAAGGUACAGAAGCUCACUCUCCUGACAUUUCUCAGGGAUUUAGCUUUCUUAGAAGACGAUGGGGCCUGUCGGGUGUUUCGCCAAAUCCUAAUUCCGAUUCAGAAGCUGAGAGCUACAGGCCUGAGUCUGAAAGUAGAAAUGCAGGAUCCUGGCUGUCAUCGUCUCUAAGAAAUAGGUGUACACCUUUGUUUUCCAGAAGGAGGAGAGAAGGAAGAGAUGAAACUGCAAGAACCUCUACCUCUGAAACACCGGCUAGAUCGCUGCAUCUUUUUAGGAGAAGGGAAUCAGGUGGUGAAACAACUCUUGAAGCACAAAGUGAUUCCCUCAGGCCUGCAACGAGGCCACCAACACCUGCAGUACCGAACAGUGCUACAGCUGCCUCAUUGCCGGAUUCAGGGCACGGUAGAAGAAAUUCAGGAAUGUCGGGGAUACUUCCUGGUUCUUUCUUGCGGUUUGCGGUGCCCCCAACACUGGGGAACAACUUAUCUGACAAUGUUAUGAUAACUGUAGACAUUAUUCCUUCUGGCUGGAGUCAGCCUGAUGGACAAGAUAAUGACAAGUCCAAAGUACCUCCUUCAAGAGAUCCUGAGAGGCUUCAGAAGAUCAAAGAGAGUCUUCUUUCAGAGGAUUCUGAAGAGGAGGAGGGAGACUUGUGUAGAAUAUGUCAGAUGUCAUCUACAUCCCCUACUAACCCUUUAAUAGAGCCAUGCAAGUGCACUGGAAGUCUACGGUAUGUUCAUCAGGAGUGUAUGAAGAAGUGGCUACAGUCCAAGAUUAACUCUGGUUCUUCAUUGGAAGCAGUGACUACUUGUGAACUGUGCAAAGAGAAGCUGCACCUCAAUCUUGAUGAUUUUGAUAUCCAUGAGCUUCACAGGGCACAUGCAAGUGAACAAGCAGACUAUGAAUUUAUCAGUUCUGGGCUGUACCUUGUAGUGUUGUUACACUUGUGUGAACAGCGCUUUUCAGAUAUGCUGGGAACUACAAGUGAGGCCAACACUCGUGUCCGGUUUAUUAAUCUUGCGAGAACUCUUCAGGCACACAUGGAUGAUCUUGAAACAGCUUCAGAUGACGAUUCUGAAGAUGGGGAUCUUGCUACGCUCGAUGCUGCGUAAAUGCCAUCGGAAAUUUGGAUGGGCAACUGACCCUUGGCACCCAUCAGUAUGCAUUUCUUUAGUAAGGCACACCCGACUACUGUUAGAGAUUUCUAAAAUAUUGCUGAGUUCAGAAACCUGCUGUUGCACACUGGAAGCAUGGAGACCUGAGCAAUUGGUCUGUUGGUGGGACUUGUUUCUCCACUGAGAUGAUGACAGUGUAUGCCUUCUUCUAAAAAGACCAGAUUUUUAUGUGGUAAGAAACAUGAUUUCCUUUUGUAUAAACUUCUUACAGUAAUCAGUUCAACUUCUGGGGAAAAAAUGUUUCUCACGUUUGCUCUUCUACUGGCACUAAAUGAUAAUGUUAAGUACAUUUGCAAGUCAUGGGGGGUGGGGAAGGGAUACUUCUGUUCUAGCUUUCCAUUUUGACAACACCUUUGGGGGGGAAGUCUUGUUGUUUUGCUUCCAGUGUUUACACCAUAGGAUGAGUGAGGGGAAUGAAUGGGUUCUGUGAAGUUUAAUAUUAAGUUUCUAUAUUUUUCCGUGAGGAACGUUUAAACUCAAAGCAAUAAACUUCCAAGGGGCUACUAAAUGAGUGUUAAUGAUGGCUUUUUAUAAGUAUUGAUUUCAAAACUGCGGAUUAUAUUUGAUAUUAUGUAGAUGUUCCAACGAGGAAUUUACAGCCGUGUAAAAACACUUGCAUUUCAGCAUUCCCGGCGGGAAUGCAAAGUAACGGUUUAAAAUCUUAACUGAGCUAUUUAUCUCAACGAACCUUUUCUAGAACCCACCUUCACUGCUGAAGCACUGGUUAUGAACGUGUUUUCUAGUGUUGUCAUUUGUUUGGUAAAUAAAAUACAAUGCAAAUUA